AUGGGUUGGAAGAACGUCGACACGAUCAUCGAGGGCAAAUUGUAUCUUGGAAAUAUCCAUGCAGCAAGAUCACCGCGGUCGUUAUCGGAGCGCAAUAUUUCUCAUAUCGUCUCCGUUUGCAACGACCCUAUCCCCUCUGAGCUGCCCGAAAGUGGAAUUACCUUUCUCCGAAUUCCUGUAGAGGAUGUCGACACUGCCGAUCUCCUCAUACACAUGCCCGCUGUGUGCCAGUUCAUUGAUCGAGCCAUACAAGCCCGAGGAAUAGUGUUGGUACACUGCCUACAGGGUUUAUCUCGUAGUGCGGCAGUAGUCGCGGCAUACCUCAUGUACACGAAACGCAUAGACGCGACACGUGCCAUGGACACAGUUAGAAAAGCUCGCGAACAAGUCUGGUUCAACGCUGGUUUCCAAGAGCAGUUAGUUCUUUUUGAACUCUGCAGAUACGCUCCCAGCCCAUCCUGCGGAAUUUACCGCUCGUGGCGACAGAGGGUCAACAGCGCCCUACAAGGCAGUUAA